AUGCCGCCACCCGCGGUCCGGUUGGUGCGGCUGGGUCGGGCGCGGUACUCCCGGCUGCUGGCGCUGCAGGACCGCUGGCUGCGGCGACUGCAGGCGGAGCCAGGUCCCGAGACCCCGUUGGAGACCGAGGCGGGCGCGCUCCUGCUCUGCGAGCCCGCGGGGCCCGUGUACACGGGAGUCCGCUGUGGAAGGCACAUCACGUCCCACGGCCUGGCUCUGAACUGCUCUACGGAUCUCUCGUGGUUUGAGCACAUUGUGCCUUGCGGGCUGGUCGGGACAGGCGUCACUUCCCUGAGUAAGGAGCUCCAGAGGAACGUCACUGUGGAUGAAGUGGUGCCAGCUUUCCUUGUGGCCUUUAAGGAAACCUACAAGUGCACACUGAUCUCAGAGGAGAGCCCCAGUUGAAGAGUGUCUAUGAUAUCACAGCCAGGAUGGUACUGCCUUGGAAAGGACUAAGUCUGACCUGAGUCAUCCACCGAAGCCGAGAUCCUAGACCUGACUUAUCACUCAGAGACCAUGAGACGAAGGGCAAGCAGUGAACUCUGAGCCAUUUUUUCCAUAAGUAUCCUGCUUUAUUUAUAUCUUUCCCACCUACCUCAGAUUUUUGUCGGAUGUGAAGACACUACAAAAAGCAACACACACUAUUUGAAACAUUAGGACUACUAUUGAUACCAGGGUCUCAGCUUAGAGAAAUCCAGAUGUCAUAGAUUGUCAUUUCUCAAUUAUUUGUUACUUUACCAUAUCAGUACUAUAUGUAACUGGGUAAUUCUGGGUUCUGGUUCCUUUGAUUUUGUGAGAAUCAAAUCUCUGGAUGGACCAGGUCAAGGUGAUGCAAUGUGGUACAAGAGACCUGGUAUGCUUUCAUUUACAAGAGACUUGGCAUGCUUUCUGCAGUAAAGGAAAAAUGGAAAAGCCUAUUCUAAGAAUAAAAUAGAAUCUUUUCUUCC